AAGCUACGCAUACAUCCCCUUAUGGGAUUAGAUAAGUGCUACAUCCAAUGUAAACACCUUCUUACUCGCACCGCUCAAGCAGGAUAGGGGGAGGAAUCGACAGCAGACAUGAAGCGUCUAAGAGAUGGAAGGCAAGCUCGGCCCCUAGGGGCAAAUGGUGAUACGACGGGACACCCUAGCGGAGACCAGCGGCCUGAAGUCCCGGCGCCUGCCGACGAACCGACUGCAAGCCGGACUCGCGACUGGAUCGUCAACCCCGAUGGGCCAUCCACCUCCCGUCAAGCCCAGUUGAGGCGGGUCGGAGAGGCGACUCUCAGACAACCAGGCUGGAUGCCAUGGGGUCAGCGCGCGGCAGCCAUCCAAGGGUGGAUCGACCAACAAACACACGACCCGCGGACCGAUGCCGAAGGGGAAGUGGAGCCCGAUGGCCGUUUCGCAACCGCUGGUGUCCGCUCGGCGCUCAAUCACGACGUCGCCGCCCUGAAUCGCCUUUGGCUCGGGAGUUACGGGGCUGCCAUAGACGACGACAAUGCAACCACGGACACCGACGAGCACGAGACGAUCCUGCGCAACGCUCCAAGCCUGGCGUCCACGCUGCCGUACGAAGUGAGCGGACACCCAGUGGCUCGCGGAAGCGAAUGGGACUCGCCCCUUUGGGCCGAGUCGGACCUGGCCGGUCAAGGUCGACUAGGCACCCCUCCAGCUGUACGCAACGAGGACGAAUCCGGUGAUGGUGCUGGGCCACACUACUCUGACGUGUCUAACGCGAGCGAUGCAGGGGAAGGAACAGGACCCCAACGCGACGACGGAGGGUCCGAUUCCCGGUCCCUCAUGGACCUGGACUUCGCGCCGCAAGCAAACCAGCAUUGGGCACCAGCCAACCCGUCGGGGUCAGCUGACAUCCCGCCCCCCUUCUUUGCCGCCCACGCCGGACCACCCCCACAACGCCCCGACGAGGAAGUACGCGACUUCGGCUCCGAAGAGAGCCUCCCGCUGGAGUAUGGCGAGAUGGCCGACCUGCUGCAAAUCCUCCGACUCCACCCUACGGUAGCCGCGGUACAGGACGACCCGGAAUGGGCAGAGGCUCCCCCCGAAUGGCGGACCAACGCGCCAGGGCGGCGGUUGCCCCGGGACCUCAUAUCCAACAUCACUGUGUUCCUACGCGAUCGAGCCUACCGACUGGGAGUCCGGCGACUGGAGGUCCAUGACGGCACCUGCUUCCGCAUCAAAAUUACCCGUAGCCGGGCUGUCACAGUCACUCUUCGGCACCCCCGAAGUAUGGAGGGGGUGUGAGGGAGCGUACGCUCCACCCACAUUUUUUCCACCCAUCAUCUUGCCGGCAUUUUUCCACUGGAGGGACCCGAAAUUAUUUCAUUGGAAUUAAGAUUUUUGACUCUUUAUUUUCUAGGUUUAAGCUUUGACUGUUCAGUUUUAGGUUAAGGGGGAGGGGGGAAGGCCACGAAGGCCACUUGUUAUUAAUUUUUUAUUAUACGGCCCGAGGGGUCUCUAAGCCACACGUAGCUUACUAUUUUCUUAAAAGGGGGGCGAGUCGCGAUCACGGCGGACGCCACUGGCUUUCCAGAACCAAGAUAACACAACAACAACGACGCAGCAGCGGCCAAAGAGAGACGAGGAAAACAACGGGAUCCAGCGAGCCGCCGACAUC